UAAUGAAUAACUCCUUAUACUCAAACCUCUACCAUGUGCUCAACUUGAGGCAUGAGUACCCGCGUGAUGAGCUGCAGAGUGAUAUAGUUCCAUGGUUGCUAUGGCGCCUAUGGAAAUGCCGAAAUGAGUUUCUAUUUAAGGGGAGAGAAUAUGAGGCAAGGAGUGUCUUGAGAAAAGUGCAGGAGGAUGUGGAAGAAUGGAGGGAGAGGAAAAAGGAAGAAGCAAGUGAGGCAGAGAGAGUAGGGGCAAGAAUACCCACAACCGCAAACCAACGUUGUGUUUGGAAACCUCCACCCGCCAACUGGCUGAAAUGCAACAGCGAUGGAGCAUGGAACCACAAUAGAGUUAACAGUGGGUUGGGGUGGGUCUUAAGAAAUGAAAAGGGUAAUGUGUUGUGGGCUGGGGCAAAAGCGGUGACAAGAGCAGUCUCCACCAUCGUCACAGAAGCGGAAGCUCUUAAAUGGGCAGUACAGAACAUAGUUUCUCUUGGCUACAAGUAUGUUAUUUUUGAAUCAGAUUCCCAAACUUUAGUGAGGAUGAUAAGUGGCCAAGAGGAAGUGUGGCCGAUACUGCAGCCUAUAGUGGAGGAGACUCGCAGAUUAUUGUCACAAGUUCAGUUCUUUCAGGUGUGUUUUUACCCAAGAGGAGGGAAUAAGGUUGCAGACAGGAUAGCAAAGGAGACUUACACUUUUGUGUCUAUUGUCCCUAAGUUAUAUUCUGUUGUGCCUAUCUGGUUGAAAUUUCAGGUUAUGUCUGAUAAAACAAUGUAUGAAAACAGUGGUGGUGAAUGAAAGUUGAAGUUUGAGUCAAAAAAAAAAAAAAAAAGAAGUGCAAAGUGUGUUAACAAAUAUAUUAGCUUCAAACUAUAAGAGAGGUUGUAUCAUACAGAGAUUUAAAGAAAUAAAAAGGUACAUACAUGUCUCAAAAAUGCUAAUAUUCUUGCUUUUUCGUUUUAAAAAACUAUUCGUUUCCUUAUAGUCUGCUUCUCAUGUCCCCCGGUCCACCUGACAUUGCAUAUAUAAAAACAAUAAAUUCCAAAUCCAUGAUUUUUAUCAGAGUCCAUUUUAUAUAAAAAGGGGCUCAAAACAAGAAACAUUUAUUUAUUAAAAAAAUGUUUACACAAGUGAUUUGUUCAGUUCAGUGAUUCAAAUAUAUAAAAUGCAAUAAAUGAAAGUUCAGUACUUACCCUUACCUUUAUUUAGUUUUACUACUGGCCAUUAUAAUUGUUCCAGUUCCAGCCAAAGAAAGACUUAUUCAAAAGGGGUUGCUUUCAAAAGCUCAUCUCUCUCACUGAAUCUGCUGAUCUCACUACUACUUGCCAUCUUUUACUCCAUCAAAAAUCCUCAACCAACCCACUUCACUCACAUUGAAACAAAGAAAAACGCCUCUAUGUAUCCAUUUCUCUGAUUCAGAUUUGAAAUCAAGAAAUGGUUCCUCCACAUCCGCAUUACUGGAGAAAAAGAAUACCACUAAACCCACAACCACAAGUUCUUCUUCUUCUGGUCAUCUGCUUCUUCUUCGUCCACCACUGCGACGCCUCGAGAGCCUCGUCUCCAUCAAGCGUUUCCUACAGAAAUCCUAAUAAUGACCACAACAGAAAUACCAUGAGGAGAGGUCAUUUCUUGGGGUUCUUGCCAAGACACUUCCCUGUUCCAGCUUCUGGUCCUUCACGAAAACACAACGACAUUGGUAUACAAGCCUUGUUGUCUCCAUGAUCAUGCGCUCUCUCUUUUUCUCCCUCUCUAGAGUACAUUAUUGUACAAUAUAAUGUAAUGCAUGUACUCAUACACAAAAGUAUAAUACCAUUAAUCGAUCUCUGCUGUUUCCUUUGACUUGUACUUAGGGUUUCAGAUGUUUGACCUCUUAGAGUUGUUGCUCAAUCUUUUAGUUAUUUUUUUUGUUUGCAUGUAAACUUCUUUAGAGUAGAGAAGUAAAAAUAUGGUUUCUUUCAAAAAGAGAGAGGAUAAUAUGGUUAGUCUGGAUUUUGUUAUUCUUAGUCUUUUUUCCUUUGUAUAUGUAAUUAAAGUUUACAAAUUAAAUGAGGUAUUGAAUGCAACAAUCUCGUUACCUCAAAGCGUACAUACUAACAUCUUUAAUUUUUUUCACCUAAUUAACCAAUUCAUUGAUCUCUAAAUAUAUCAAAGCCGUUGAUAAUUCAAUUCGUAAAGUUUAAAUUGGUAAAAAAUUGAAAAAUUAUCGUCUUUUAAAAAAAGAAAGACCAACGACUUCAUUAUCGUUACCGUGGUCCGUGGAUCACCAUCUUUUACUCGUUCAACCAAUGAGAUAUGAAAAAUAAAUUAUAUGUCCUCUCAAAAUUAUAUAUUCUUGGAUGAAGAACAUUUGUCUUAUAGUAAGAUAAGUGCCUGAAUUAGUCA